AUGCCACCGAAAAAGUCUUCUCAACAAUCUAGCGAUGGCGCCUCUGGAACAAGUGUAAAUCUACCAUUUAUCUCGGUGGAAAUCGGAAAACUUGCUAAGCUUGACAUUAGCAGCUGUUCUCCUGAAGGAUUUGAGAUAUGGAAACAGCGAUGGGACUCUGUUAUGACGAUUACUCGGUUUUAUGAACUCUCAAAUGAAACUCAAAAAGCUCUCUUUAUUAAUGUACUUAGUGAUGAUACUAUCAAAUGAAUGAACAACCUAGGACAACAAGAUGUUCAAACUCUCAUUGAAUCUUUUCAACGCCAGGUAUGUGGCAGUUCAAAUAUAUUUGUGCAUGAAUAUGAAUUCCACAAACGAGUACAAGUGUGGUAGAUUUUCGUUCGAUCCCCACAAUAAGAGCAAAAUUUACGCGUUUUAUCUUUUGUUUUGUAUUAUAAUCCCUUCCCAAAUCGCUCCCAGUUACAUAUAUUCCCCAUGCAAUAACAAUUAACAACAUUCCUUUUAUCUCAUGCCUGUCAAUCAAUUCCAUAUAUGGCAGUCACCUCAUCUCUAAAUUUAACUACUAAUUAUUAAUGUCAACCUUUUUCCCGAGAGCAAGAGGUCAACGAUAUUGGUCUAGUAUCACCUUCACAUUCUGGUUGUUGUACCUUCGGGAUUGGAAUGAUAUUGGAUUUUUUCCAAAUUCUCGGGGCGACGCUAGAGGAAAGGGAUGCAUUAAAAAUGGUGGUAACUGGAUCGGCUAGCACGUGAGAAAAAUCUUUUAGAAAUCGACUUGGUAUAUUAUCAGGUCCUGUUGCUUUAUAAGGUUGAAGGGCCAAUAGCUUUUGACAGACCUCGUGAGGUUGAACGGAUAAAAAGGCGUCGUUAGCCGGUAAGAAUGCGGGCAGUAAGUUUACAUCAAAAGUCGGAAUAUCGGCGUUGACAGAGACGUAAAAUUCAUUAAGGGCACUUGCUAGUUGUUCGUAGUUCAGAGUUUCCCCGUUACGUUCUAAAGAGAAAGAUUUUGUUUUCUCAGGUUUACCGGACAUUUUGUUGACCAUUUUCCACCAUCUACGACUGUCAGUGGUUCUUAGGUGCUGAACUUUGUUCUUAUAAAAAUACUUUUUUCUUUCCCUUAUUUCGUAUUGAACCUUGCGUCUUAGUGAAAGCCAAAGGGAAUUGUUCCUGCUAUGGAAUGCUCUCUGACGAUCUCUUAUGAGGGUUUUAAUGGCUGGUGUUACCCAAAGGUUUAUCGGAUUGGUGGAAUUUUACCAACUUAGGAGGAAAUAUACGGUCAAUUGCUUGCACAAAUUGUGAUGUAAAAGAUGUUAGAUCAUCAACUGUGGCUGUAUGCCCAAGUUCACUAAACCAAUCCUGGCUUGUAGCCCAUCUCCCAAAAGCGUCAAUACAAGAUCGAGGGUAUCGACGUACCAGACGUUUAAUAGACUUGGUGUGCAAACUUGGGUUUGACUUCAUUAAGUCAGGAGACCAUGUGACAAUAUUGUGAUCUGAGGAUCCAAGUGGGGCUAGAACUUGGGGGGCUUCAUAAAGGUUUGAUAGGUUGGUAAUUAUGAGAUCUAGAAUAGCCGAGCCUCUCGUGGGAGCCUGGACCAAUUGCUUUAAGUUAUGUCUUGAUAAAAGGUUCGCUGUUUGGAAAUCAUUAAAAUCGCAUUUGAAAGCGAUUGUUUUUACGGUAUGUGCAUGAACAUGAAUAUACACCGCCCCCCCCGAUUGUCACGUCUAGCUACGACCUUGACCUUAUGUCAUAUGUUUUACCAGUGAUCACACGUGCGGCUCGAUUUUGUAGCUUUUCCAGUUUGUCUAAAAGUUAAUCUGCGCAGUUGUCCCAAACAAAACAGCAGUGAUCAAAAUGGGAUAAUACAAUUCCGUAUCACAUGCUUAUGCCAGGGGCGUAGGUAGCUUCUAAAUGUUGGUGGGCAGGCUUUGAGGGGCACUCUUCGAAUAAAAUUUUUCCCCGGAAAUAUUGGCGACUGGGGGGAGGUCAUCUUAAAAUAUUUUCCGGACAUACCAAAAAAAUUUUCCGGACAUAUCACAUUUUUUCCUAAAUAUGAAAUUUUUUUUCCGGAUAUACCAAACAUUUUUCCGAAUAUACGAUAUUUUUCCAGGAAAUAAAAAAAAUUUUCCGGAAAUAACAUAAAUUCAAGUUUUCAAUAGUGCCGGCACUUUUGGGCCAAAACAUGCAACCUUAAUGACAUUUUUCACGGUCCCGGAAAAAGGGAACUUUGGAAAACUUGCGGGCCUGCCCCCCCGGUUCCUACGCCCCUGGCCUAUGCCUUUUGAGACUUUAGUUUGCGUAUUUUCUAUUUGGUCCUUCUAUGUUAGCUUUUCAUCUACAGGGUGUUCAAAAAAAAAAAAACUACUGAAAUAACGUAUUGUUAGAAUUUGAAUGCCUUUGAGCUAGGGUGAUGCGGUUUUUCGGUAAACCGGAAAAAAACGAUUUUUUUUUAAAACCGAAUUACUCGAUGUUACUUUUGGAGAAAAACCGGAAAACCGAAAAAAACGGAAAAACCGGGAAGAAACGGAAAAAAACGAAGAAAAAUCGGUAUUUUACUACCGGAAAAACCGGGAAGAAACGAAAAAAACCGAAGCGUUGUCUUGGAGCGUUGACGAGCCUCAAGAAAUCUGAGAAAACAUCGUCGUCGCCCGCUGCAUCCCCGCGUAGCCGUCUAUCCAAAGAGAUUGACCGCUAUAUCUCGGCAUUCCCAGUGAUAGACGGAGAUGACGAUCCACUUCAAUGGUGGAAAUUAAAUGCAAAGGAACUACCGUUGCUCUGCCAGUUAUCGAGAAGGUAUCUUGCCAUCCAAGCAAGCAGUUCGCCGUCGGAGAGACUUUUCAGUAAAGCGGGGCAAGUUAGCACGCCGGCACGAGCACAACUUAAACCGGAGAAAGUUGACAAACUUGUGUUCCUGGCGGAGAACUUAUAG